UACCUGCAAUGUAUAUCACUGCUAGAGACGAAGAUGAUAAAGUCGUUGUGAAUCUUGUUCAAGCAAGUGAAUUAAUGGGUCUUUUCGUUCCUGUUGAAGCAUGGUUGAAGCUUAUCCUUCCAGCAAUUGAAGAUGGCCCCCAUUAUGGUCAUUUAAUAGUGUUGACAGGAUUCAUUGAAGGGGCACCCCAACAACAUAUCAGACCCCAUCUAAAGGAAAUUUCAACAUUAUUAGCAGACAAGACAUUUUGUCAGAGUCGAAAAGUGAAAUAUCAACGAGAAUUAACGAAAUGUAUAAAAGUAAUUAUGAAAAAAUGUAAUAACGAUGAUCAGGAAAUUGGUAAAGAUAUUUUUGUUAUUGCAAUAACAUUGAUUGCCCUUAAAGACAAAGAAAACGACACAAUAAUUGAUUAUACCCUGCUUGAUGACCUUUAUAAGUGUUUAGGACUUAAUUCGUCUUAUGAACUCUGGCAUAAAUACACGAAAAAUGUAUUGGAUGUUGUAAAUAAAGACCCCAAAAUGUGGACAAUUAAUACAGCUGAAAGAUGCAUGUUUGAUGUCGUACUUCUUAAAUCAGGUAAGUUUAAUGAGAAAUACUAGUUCUUCCUCCC